AUGGCGUCUGUUGUGGGUGCUCAGUCAUCGGUGACAGGCAACUCAACCACUUCUGGCGGUUCGCAAUACCAGAAUGAUGCCACACAAAGAUACCUAAACAUGCUCAACGAGGACCUCGGCCACAACUAUCUUUGGUCUUUGCUCGGUGUCAUUGCACUGGUCCUCAUCUAUUCCAUCAUUCAAAGAGUGGCCAAGCAUAUCAGGCAUCUUGCGACAAUGAACAACCUGGGUGCACUUCGCUACUUCUCACAAGCGUCGCCGACCUUCAAUAUGCUGAAGAGCAAGCUCCUCUAUGCGCCGAUGCUCUACUAUCGACGAGCGCGAGAGAUUAAGUUUUCCCGAAAUGUCAAUUUCGGACCUCUCCCUACACGGUUCCAGGCGCUAUUCAUCCUCCUCCUCGUCGUGACCAAUGUUUUCACCUGCACCUGGAACAUACCAUGGUCCGAUCCGGAGCUACAGGUCUUGCCUAUCCUGCGAAACCGAACGGGCACGAUGGCAGUGGUCAACUUGAUCCCCAUUAUGACGAUGGCAACGGUCAAAAAUCCCUUGAUAUCGUUGCUGGACAUUUCCUACGACACCUUCAACCUGAUGCACCGCUGGUUGGGUCGCAUCUCUAUUCUGGAAGCCAUUGUCCAUGCUUUGUGCUGGCUCAUUGCUGAGGUCGACUCCGAAGGUUGGGCAGCAGUCGGAGAAUCUGUGCACCAUUCAUUCAUUUACAGCGGCUUGAUUGCCGUGAUUGGAUUCACCGUCAUUUUUCUGCAAAGCCCCAAAGUCGUUCGAAACCUUGCUUAUGAAUUCUUCUUGCACCUACAUUUUGUCCUGGUGGCCAUCAUCAUAGCGUUCCUCUGGAUACAUCUUGAAGAAUUGCCACAGCGAUACCUUCUGCUGGGAGCAAUCAUUAUUUGGGGUGUCGCAAGAACAUGGAGAUUGGCUACGUUGAUGUACAGGAGUGUUGGGAGAGGUGGCGUUGCGGCAAGGAUCCAUCUACUGCAGGGUGAUGCCAUCAAGAUCUCCCUUCAAACUCCACGCCCUUGGACAUAUCGACCUGGCCAGUCUUUGUACUUGACAGUGCCCUCCAUCGGGCUAUGGACUGCACAUCCCUUUUCUGUGGCCUGGUCUGGGAUCGAAGAUCUGUCGAGUCUAUCCGACUCGGACAGAUCACAUUUCAAUGAGAAGAGGCCGGCCAUUAGUAGCCGGUCUAUCGACGUCGAAGCUCCUGGGGAGCCGACUAUUUCUCUUAUUAUUAAGAAGCAGAGGGGUCUGACACGACAACUAUGGAACCACGCAGACAAAGCCGUCGAGAUUCGUCCUCUCACGGCCUACAUCGAAGGGCCGUAUGGCAACGAACGGAAACUAUCCAGUUAUGGGACAGUGAUGCUUUUCACCAGCGGAGUAGGCAUUACGCAUCAGCUGGGCUAUGUCAGAGAGCUUGUUGCGGGCUUCGCCGAAGGCACGGUUGCGACAAAGAGACUUACACUAGUCUGGGUCAUUCCUAGUACAGAAUGCCUCGACUGGAUUCGACCGUGGAUGCAUGAAAUUCUGGCAAUGGAGAGAAGAAGAGAGGUUCUGAAAAUCCUGGUGUACAUUACUCGAGCUGGUCUGAGUCAAUCCAUCCGAUCUCCCAGUGAGAUGGUCCGAAUGUAUCGGGGAAGACCCAAUAUCGAAGAAUUGAUGAGAAUCGAGGCUGGAGAGAAGAUUGGAUGUCUUGCGGUGAGUACCUGUGCUGGUGGCGAGUUGGCGGAUGAAGUGAGACGUGUGUCUCGAUUGAUGCUCAACAAUGGGACAAAUUUGGAUCUCAUCGAAGAGGGAUUUGGAUGGUGA